AAAUUCGAUUCUGCUCAAAAGUUACUCGAGUCAAUCCGUGAAUUUGGCUCAUGGACCGGCGACGAUACGAUAGAAAAACGAAAUCAAUUGCGACCGUGAUCGUAUAUAUGUCAACACCUCAAGAAAAGCUGUAGGCAAGGAGAAAAAUCAUAGAGCUAAAAUUCCAAUCCUAUUUCAUGGCAGGCAAAUCCGGCAGCUUACAUGUUGUCAUGUUUCCUUGGUUAGCCUUCGGCCAUUUCAUCCCUUUUCUAGAUCUCUCCAAAUUCAUUGCUCAAAGGGGUCACAAAGUUAGCUUCAUUUCCACCCCUAAAAACGUCGAUCGCCUCCCUAAAAUCCCCCUAGAGUUUGCUUCUUCUAUUACCUAUGUAAAAAUCCCACUUCCCCGAGUUGAUGGGCUUCCGGAAAAUGUGGAGGCCACCGUAGACCUCGGUGGUCUUGAUGUUGCCGUUCUCAAGAAAGCCUACGACGGACUUGAGCCUGAGUUGACUCGUUUCUUGGAAUCCUCAGCUCCGGACUGGAUCAUUUACGACUUUGCCCCGUAUUGGUUACCUCCCAUCGCAGCUAAGCUGAACAUAUCUAAAUCAUGGUUUUCUAUUUAUAGCGCUUUCUCUAUGGCAUUCUUGGCACCCCCUUUUGAAGUACUGAUCGCGGGUACUGAUCCCAGAACUAAGGUCGAGGAUUUUACGGUUCCACCGAAGUGGAUCCCAUUCGAGAGUAAAGUGGCUUUUAAAUUACACGAGAGUAGAUGGAUGUUGGAAUCUAGGAACCUAGAUGGAUCGGGUGUAUCGGAUUUGUAUCGGCUUGGAUCGGUUGUAAAGGGCGCAGAUGUUAUAUUGAUGAGAUAUUGCCGCGAGUUUGAAGGCCAGUGGUUGAAGUUGGUUGAAGAUUUGCAUCCACGGCCUUUCAUACCGGUGGGAUUAAUGCCACCCCCGGUGGAAAAAAACAGCCUGGAGAACAAUGAGUCAUGGACUGCAAUCAAGGAUUGGCUUGAUGGUCAAGGUAAAGGCUCAGUGGUUUAUGUGGCACUUGGGAGUGAGGUAUCACUGAAUCAACUCCAACUCAGUGAGCUAGCUCUGGGGCUCGAGUUAUCCGGUGUACCAUUUUUCUGGGCUCUAAGGAAUCCAUCUGGCCUGCCAGGGGGGUUUGAAGAUAGAGUCAAGGGAAGGGGUAUUGUUUGGAAGAAUUGGGCACCUCAGCUUAACAUACUGAGUCAUGAUUCAGUGGGUGGAUUCCUGACUCACUGCGGGUGGGGUUCGAGUAUAGAGGGGCUCAUGUUUGGCCAUCCGCUCAUUAUGCUGCCGUUUGUCAUAGACACGGGGUUGAUUGCUAGGGUGCUAGAGGAGAACCAGGUGGGGAUAGAAAUACCAAGAAAUGAUGUAGAUGGAUCGUACACGAGCGACUCGGUUGCCAACUCGGUAAGGUUGGUUAUGGUGGAAAAUGAAGGUAAAGUCUUCAAGUACAAAGCUAAAGAAAUUGGUGCAAUAUUUGGAGAUCAGGAUUUGCACAACAGUUACCUUCAGAAGUGUGUAGAUUACUUGGAAAAUAACAGAAAUGAAUUCAAAUAAGAAGGAACUAUCUCAUACACUUUUGCACAAUAUAAACACUGAUCAGUAUCCAUUGUGCCCAUUCUGCCAAGACUACUAUUAGUACUGUCAGAUCCAUCCUAUUUUACAUACGUUUGUAAUCUUGCUUCUUGUAAUAUAUUUUGCCUUG